AUGACCAAGCUGCGUCUGCUGCCCAAUCGAUACCAUGUUGAGAAAUCCUCUACACUCAGAGAUCAACAGCAGGAAGAUCACAGAGCUAAGAGGUCUCAUCACUGCCCACAUUGUGAAGAGAUUUUCCCAUUUCUUUCAAAGCUAAAAAUACACCUAAAAAUACACACAGGGGAGAAGCCUUACUCCUGCUCUGACUGUGGGGCGAGUUUCUCUCGACUGGAUACCUUAAAAACACACCAACGUAUACAUACGGGAGAGAAGCCUUACUCCUGCCCUGACUGUGGGGAGAGAUUCUCUCAAAAGACCAACUUAAAAGCACACCAACAAAUACAUACAGGAGAGAAGCCGUACUCCUGCUCUGACUGUGGAAAAAGUUUCUCCCGAUCGGAUAACUUAAAAUCACAUGAACGUAUACAUACAGGAGAGAUGCCAUACUCCUGCUCUGACUGUGGAAAAUUCUUCAAUACAUCAACUGGGCUAACUGUUCAUCAGAAAGCACACACAACAGAGAAGCCUUACUUCUGCUCUGACUGUGUAAAGUGCUUCAAAACAUCAACUGAGCUAAAAGUUCAUCAGAGAACACAUACAGGAGAAAAGCCUUACUCCUGUUCUGACUGUUUAAAAUGCUUCAAAACAUCAACGGUGCUAAAACUUCACCAGAGAACACACACAGGAGAGAAGCCUUUCAUCUGCUCUGACUGUGGGGUGAGUUUCUCUCGACUGGAUACCUUAAAAACACACCAACGUAUCCAUACAGGAGAAAAGCCUUACUACUGCCCUGACUGUGGGGAGAGAUUCUCUCAAAAGACCAACUUAAAAGCACACCAACUAAUACAUACAGGAGAGAAGCCUUACUCCUGCUCUGAUUGUGGGAAGAAUUUCUCCCUAUUGGGUACCUUGAAAUCACAUGAACGUAUACAUACAGGAGAGAAGCCUUACUACUGCUCUUUCUGUGGAAAACGUUUCUCCCGAUCGGGGACCUUGAAAUCACAUGAACUCAUACAUACAGGAGAGAAGCCUUACUCCUGCUCUGAAUGUGUAAAAUGCUUCAAAACAUCAACUGAGCUAAAAGUACAUCAGAGAACACACACAGGAGAGAAGCCUUAUUCCUGCUCUGACUGUGGAAAAUGUUUUAAAACAUCAAAUGAGCUAAAAGUACAUCAGAGAACACACACAGGAGAGAAGCCUUACGUCUGCCCUGACUGUGGGAAGAGUUUCUCUCACCAGUGCAACUUAAAAACACACCAACGUAUACAUUAACUUCAUGUGGGUCCCUGUGACGGUUGCGUCCCACCUGGUCAACAUCCGGUGAAAUUGCAGAGUUACCAAUUCAAAUUUACUUAUUAAAAAUAUUUAAAUUUCAUGAAAUCACAAGUGUAAUACAUCAAAAUAAAGCUUAACUUGUUGUUAAUCUAGCCAUGUCAGAUUUCUAAAAGGCUUUAAGGCGAAAGCAAACCAUGCGAUUAUCUGAGGACGGCGCUCAGCACACAAAACAUUACAUACAGUUACCAGCCAAGUAGACUAGUCACGAAAGUCAGAAAUAUGAUGAUCUUCAUAUGGUUGCACUCACAAGACUCCCAGUUACACAAUAAAUGUUCAUUUUGUUCGAUAAAGUCCCUCUUUAUAUCUUGAAACCUCCAUUUUGUUCUGUAAUCCAAUGGCUCAAAUGCGGUCACGAGGCAGACGAAAAUUCCAAAUAGUAUCCGUAAAGUUUGUAGAAACAUGUAAAACGAUGUUUAUAAUCAAUCCUCAGGUUGUUUUUAGCCUAAAUAAUCGAUAAUAUUUAAACUGGCAACAGCGUCGUCAAUAUAAAAGAAAAACAAGAAAGGUGCUCUCUGCAGGACCCAGCUCUGGUGACAUCCCACUAUCCACUGACUCAAUGUGGUCAUUCUCCCUCAUUUUUCAGAAUACAAGCCUGAAACAAUGUUUAAGACUGUUCACAUCUUGUGUUAGCCAUCGGGAACGGAAUCUGGGUCUUAUCCCUUUAAAUGGUGGAUAAGCUUUCAUUGGAAAAACAGCCAUUUCAAAAUAAUGGCACUUCCUGGAUGGAAUUUCCUCAUGUUUUUGCCUGCCUUUUCAGUUCUGUUAUACUCACAGACAAUAUUUUUUACGUUUUAGAAACUUUGGAGUGUUGUCUUUCCAAUUCUACUAAUUGUAUGCAUUUCCUAGCUUCUGGUCCUGAGUAGCAGGCAGUUUACUUUGGGAACGCUUUUAAUCCGGAGGUGAAAAUAGUGACCCCUACCCUAGUGAGGUUAAGGAGAAAAGCCUCAUCGGUUCUCUGACCAGCUAAGAAUAAAGUCACUCCAUCACUUAAUUCUCAUCUCAUAAAAGAAGUUGUAAUUGGAUCAAAUGAAGAAAGCAUAGAACACUGUAGAACAUUGUAAUCCUAUUGGUUCUCACUGUGAGAGAACUGUGCAGAGGAAAGGGAGCGUUAUAGAAUUUUAGCCUCUUUACUUUGCACCUUGUCAGUUUUGGUGUGUUUUGUUGGCUUCUACUGUAAAGAUUUGCACUUGGUGUUGAAUACCCUCUGUUAUUCUUCUCAUUUUGAAAACAAACACUAGUCUGCCAAUUGACUGGGUGGUACUGCUUCCCUCUCAGCCUGGUCUGACUCUGUCUGUAGGGAGAGUUUCAACUGGGCAGCUUAAAAACACACCAACGUUUACACGUAGGAGAGAAGCCUUACUCCUGCUCUGUGGACGGGUGGGCGUGUAAACUCAAACGUCAUGCCAAAGGUUGAGUGUUUGAAUCUCAUCAUGGAGGACUUUAGCAUUUUAGCUAAUUACCAACUUGGCAACUACUUACUACUUUUUAGCUAUUACUUAGCAUGUUAGCUACCCUUUCUCCUAAACCCAUUUAACUAUCUUAAACCCCUCACCCCUAACCUAGCUAACGUCAGCAACAACAAAUUGGAAUUCGUAACAUACCAUACAUAUUACAAGUUCGUAACAUAUUGUAUGAAUAACAAUGCGUAAAAUAACAUACGAAUUGUAAUUCUUAACAUACGAUACGUCCUUCAAGUUGUAUUGUACUAAACAACAAUCUAAACGUAACAAUUUCAAAUAUUUACAGUUUGUAUAAGGAAAUCAGUCAAUUGAAAUAAAUUAGGCCCUAAUCUAUGUUAGGUUACAUUACAUUGGACCUCCAAUAUAAACUAAACAUGUAAAGGGUUGGUUUCAUGAGCUGAAAUAAAAAGAUCCAGCACAAAAGCUAAUGUCUCUCAAAUGUUGUGCACAACUUUGUUUAUAUUUACUGUUCGUGAGCAUUUCAGCCUUUGUCAAGAUAAUCCAUCCACCUGACAGGUGUGGCAUAUCAAGAUGCUGAUAAAACAGCAUGGUCAUUACACAGGUGCACCUUGUGCUGGGGGACAAUAAAAGGCCACACAACACAAUAUCACAGAUGUCUCAAGUUAAGGGAAUGUGCAAUUCUCAUGAUGACUGCAGGAAUGUCCACCAGAGCUGUUGCCAGAGAACUCAAUAUUUAUAUCUCUACCAUUAGCCACCUCUAACGUCCUUUUAGAGAAUUUUGCAGUACAUCCAACCGGCCUCACAACUGCAGAUCACAUGUAACCCACGGCAGCCCAGGACCUCUUCACCUGCAGGAUUGUCUGAGGUGGUGGGGGGAGGGGCUGAGUAGUAUUUCUAUCUGUAAUCAAGACCUUUUGAGGGGAAAAACUCAUUCUGAUUCGCCGGGCCUGGCUCCCAAGUGGGCCUAUGCCCUCCCAAGUCCCACCCAUGGCUGAGCCCCUGCCCAGUCAUGUGAAAUCCAUACUAAAUGGAGUGGCACGGACGUUUUUGUAAUAUAUAAUACGUUUUGCUCUGAGACCAGGUUGUCCCUCUGCAGUAUUCUGUGGGAAGGAGCAAGUGUACACUUUUUUUAUUGAACCUCUAUUGAACUAGGCAAGUCAGUUAAGAACAAAUUCUUAUUUACAAUGAUGGCCUAGGAACAGUGGGUUAACUGUCUUGUUCAGAGGCCGAACAACAGAUUUUUACCUUGUCAGAUCGGGGAUUCGAUUUAGCAACCUUUUGGUUACUGACCCAAUGCUCGAACCACUAUUCUACCUUCCGCCCCUAACAUGUAUCAGAUAGAGAUGAUCACUUUUCACCAUUAGUUUGGGGGGGGGAUGUUUUACAACUUUAUUUAAUGAUACACAGUGUAUGAAAUGAAUAUGUGUGUUUAUUAAUUGUCUUUAAAACUAGAUUCGUUAUUUUAGUUACUGAUCAUGAAUGUGUUUGGAUAACUGCAUUGAAGCAAACUUUAUUGAUCUGCCAAUGAAAAAUAAAGUUACAUGAAUAUGUACUGGUCAACCUCUU